UCGGCGCACUGACGCACCACCAAGUUCAGCACCAAAACAAGCUCCGAGCGGCGCGCGCGCAGGGGAGGCGAACACACACUGUGGAGUAUAUUUACCACGCGAGGAGGGGGUCGCCUGCUGACAGAGAGAACGCGCAGCCACAUUGGAUAUUAGUUCCCCCCCCCCCCCUUCUUCUUCACCUUUUGGAUAACUUGGAGGGGAAAAAACGCUUUCUCCACCGGGACGCUUUUUUUGACGCACAUCAACGCGCAGGAGCUUACGCACGGGAGAACUCCCUGAAGAAGGAUUUAUACCUAUUAUAUUUAGAUUUUUUUUAUUUUUUUUAUUCGCUGUAAAUAAAAACAAAAAGAAGAGGUUUUGCUGCUUUAUUGGCUGGUGACGCGGCUGCCCUGGAGAAGCGACGAGGAUGGCAGCCUGGUUCACCUUUACCAUCGCGUUCAGCACCACGUUGAUAUCACAGGCAUUUGGAUCCGGUGUUUUUGAGCUGGAUCUCCACGAAUUUAAAAACCACAAAGGUCUGCUGGCAAACGGCAACGCGUGCAUACCCAACUGCAGGACUUAUUUUCGCAUUUGCUUGAAGAACUAUCAGGCGGUGGUCUCGGCAGGUGACUGCAUCUUUGGGAGUACAAUGACAGCGGCGCUGGGGACCAACUCCUUCAGCGCCAAGGACAGCGGCACUUUACCGACGCCGAUCCAGAUCCCGUUCACCUUUGGAUGGCCGGGGUCAUUCUCAUUAAUAAUUGAAGCCUGGCAUUCACCUUAUGGGAAUCUACAUGUAGAUACGAACACCCAAGACUUUUUGAUAAGCUUCAUGGCCAUCCAGAAACAGCUGGGCGUGGGAACCGCGUGGACCCAGAACACGCAGACCGCGAAGCAGGCGGAGCUGAGGUACUCGUACCGCUUCGUCUGCAACGAGAGCUACUACGGCGAGAGCUGCUCCAAGAAGUGCGCCCCCAGGGACGACCGAUUUGGCCACUACACCUGCAACCGCGACGGGCAGCUGACCUGUCUGCCGGGCUGGAAAGGGAAAUACUGCGAAGAACCUAUCUGUCUGCAGGGCUGCAGCGAGAGGAACGGAAACUGCUCCAAACCUGGCGAGUGUGUAUGCAGAGAGGGCUGGCAGGGCACGUUCUGCGACGAGUGUAAGAAGUACCCGGCCUGCAAGCACGGCACCUGCCAGAGGCCGUGGCAGUGCAACUGUCAGGAGGGCUGGGGGGGCCUAUUGUGUGACCAAGACCUCAACUUCUGCACCCAUCACCAUCCCUGUGUGAACAGCGCCACCUGUAUGAACACGGGACAGGGCAGCUACACGUGCACGUGCCUGCCGGGGUUCACGGGGGUCAACUGUGAGCUGGCGAUGCAGGAGUGCGACAGCAACCCAUGCCGGAACGCAGGCGUGUGCACGAAUCUGGAAAGCGGCUACACAUGCACGUGUCCCCGCGGCUUCGAGGGCUCACACUGCGAGCACAGCCUGCUGACGUGCGCCGACUCCCCGUGCUUCCACAGCGGCAAGUGCUGGGAGAAGGACAAUGGCCGCAGCUACAUGUGCGAGUGUCCCCGCGGCUACACGGGCCUCAACUGCGAGAAGAGAGUGGACAAGUGCACGUUGUUUCCCUGCACUAAUGGUGGGCUGUGCCUGAUCCACGGCGGCAUGCGCAUGUGCAGCUGCCGCGCCGGCUUCACAGGCCAGCGCUGCGAGAUCAACAUCAACGAGUGCGCCGGCGCCCCCUGCCUCAACGCCGGCACCUGCCAAGACCGGAUCAACGACUACACCUGCGCCUGCCCCGCGGGCUACGGGGGCCGCAACUGCGACCGGGUCCUGGACGAGUGCUCCCUGAGGCCCUGCCUCAACGGGGGGCUUUGCGGCGGCGGCGGGGGCGGCGGGCCGAGCAAGCCGCCGGUCGCCUGCGCCUGCCCGUCGGGCUUCGCCGGGCCUCGCUGCGAGUUCUUCGCCGCCGUCACCUCUCCCGUGACCAACGGGGAGAUCCAGGACAGCUUCCAGUGGGCGGCGGUCUCCCUGGCGGUGGGCCUGGUGGCGCUGCUGGUGCUGCUGUGCAUGGUGGGCGUGGCUCUAAGGCACAUCCACAGGCAGGCCCGGAGGGAGCGCGGCGACACGGAGACCAUGAACAACCUGUCCAAGGUGCAGAAGGACAACCUGAUCCCGGAGUGCCAGCUGAAGAACACCAACCAGAAGAUGGGCAGGGAGGCGGACUGUGACUCCGAGAAGUCGAACUUUAUCCAUAAAAACUACCACUUGGACUCUUACCACUCGAAAUCAAAGGAGUUCAAGGACGAAAAGUCACAAGAGGAUAAACGUCUCAUUUAUGAGAAGUGUUUAGAGGACAAAGUGCCCUUGAGUAGAAUGUACAGUGAAAAGCCAGAGUGCAGGAUAUCAACGAUAUGUUCCUCAAGAGACUCCAUGUACCAGUCGGUGUUCGUUAUAGGAGAGGAGAGGAGGGAGUGCGUCAUAGCAACCGAGGUAUAAACUGUGCGUGGGGGGGGGGUCUGAAGAUGAAGGGAGCGAGGAAGAAGACACAAUCGAGGCAGAAUGAAAUAUUCUGGAUUGUUUACAAAUUUGGAGACGAGACUGGAGAUUGUUUUAGAUGUCCACGGCUGCUCUGGAACACUUGGGGACUGGAGGAGGGCAGAAACCUCUGCUCUGCGUAUGGAAAAUGGAAAAGGAAGAAGAAGAAAAAAGAACAGAACCGAGAAACUUUAUGUUGACCGAGUGUUUGUAUGCAACAAAAAACAAUGUACAGUGAAGGACCUCCCUCAACUUGUGACCACGGUGGAAGAGACCACUCUACAACGUGUGACGGAAUCAUCCUGACGGUGGAUUUCGCAAUCACGACGACUUUUUGACAGCCAACCAAUCAGAAACGAGGACAAAAAAAAGAGGGGCCUACGAUUUGACCCCCUUCGAAUCCCCCCCGCCCCGCGCUCUCUUCCGCCAGCUUCGCCUGCUAUGCAAAGACUCCAGGGGGGGCGGGGGGAUCGAGACCCUCGUCACAAUCCAACCUCGACAACAACAACAAAACACUGAGAGUUCUGAAUGUCUGGGACUAAUCUUCUGCCGUCAAUCACGUGGAAAAGAAAUAACAUGUUGGACUUUUUGUUGUUGUUUUUUCACGCAACGGUGAAGAGAUAGUAUGCAGCCCAAAUUCACUAGAAGCCUUAAAAGAGGGGGGAGGGGGGGGGGUUGAAUGCUAAAGGUGUGCCCUUGUUUGUUCUUGGAUCGUUUGCACUACGAGAAAAAAACUAAAUUGGGGUGGAAAAUACUUUUUUAAUCGACACGGAUUUGAAGAGAACGUCCAGAGGAGAGCAACAGAUCCCAGAGUGAGGAGCAACGUUUGCAUGGAGGAGUGUUUUUAUGCAAAACCCCAACGGAGGAAAAACUAAGAGACUCACAACCAGGAGAAAAAGACCGUCACACCACUGCCUGCCUAUAAUACAUUUCAAAAAUACAGAACCAAUAAUGUACUUUUUUUUAAAUGAUUAUUUCCAGAGUUUAAUUUAAAUAUGACACACUGCUCUUUAUAUGUUUUUAUAAUAUUAUUUUGUAUAUAAUGCAUAUUUAUAAGGACCAAAACUUCUGAAGAAUAAAACUUCCUUGAAAAACUGUUUUUUAAUUUGGAUUUUGAUGUCAGUAAAUGGAAAAUGUUUAUUUUUGAGGUGUUUUUAAAUAAUGAAAAUUGAGUACAAAUGAUGA